GUUUCAGUUAUGAGGAAGUGAAACUCAGACAGUCGCUGUGACUGAGAGGUGAAAUGGCGCAGAAAGGAGCUCAGCUGGACCGAGAAGUCUUCUCUUGUCCGAUCUGUCUGGAUCUACUGAAGGAUCCGGUGACUACUUCAUGUGGACACAGCUACUGUAUGAACUGUAUUAAAAGCUUCUGGGAUGAAGAGGAUGAGAAGGAAACCCACAGCUGCCCUCAGUGCAGACAGACGUUCACACCAAGGCCUGUCCUGCUGAAAAACACCAUGUUAGCAGUUUUAGUGGAUGAGCUGAAGAAGACUGGACUCCCAGCUGCUCCUGCUGAUCUCUGCUAUGCUGGAGCUGAAGAUGUGGCCUGUGACGUCUGCAUGGGGAGAAAACUGAAAGCCCUCAAGUCCUGUCUCACCUGUGCGGCCUCUUACUGUAGGAAACACCUUCAACCUCAUUAUGAUGCAGCUCCGUUAUCCAAACACAAGCUGGUGGAGCCCUCCAAGAAGCUCCAGGAGAACGUCUGCUCUCAGCACGAUGAGGUGAUGAAGAUUUUCUGCCUUACCGAUCAGAAGUCUAUCUGUUAUCUCUGCACAAUGGAUCAACAUAAAGGCCACGACACGGUCACAGCUGCAGCAGAACGGGCGGAGAAGCAGAAAGAGCUGGAGGUGAGUCAACAAAACAUCCAGCAGAGAAUCCAGGACAGAGAGAAAGAUGUGAAGCUGCUUCAACAGGAGGUGCAGAACAUCAAUCGCUCCGCUGAUAGAACAGUGGAGGACGGCGAGAAGAUCUUCAGCGAGCUGAUCCGUCUCUUGGAGAAAAGAAGCUCCGAGGUGAAGCAGCAGGUCAGAUCCCAGCAGGACACCGAAGUGAGUCGAGUCAAAGAGCUUGAGGAGAAGCUGCAGCAGGAGAUCGAGGAGCUGAAGAAGAAAGACGCUGAGUUGAAGAAACUCUCACACACAGAGGAUCACAACCAGUUUCUGCACAGCUACCCCUCACUGUCAGCACUCAGUGAGUCCACAUCCAGCAUGGAGAUCCGUCCUCUGCGCUACUUUGAGGAAGUGACAGCGGCUGUGUCAGAAGUCAGAGACAAACUACAGGACGUCCUGAGAGAGGAAUGGACAAAGCUCUCUCUGACAGUGACUGAAGUGGAUGUUUUACUGUCAGAUUCACCAGCAGAGCCCACGACCAGAGCUGGAUUCUUAAAAUAUUCAUGUGAGAUCACACUGGAUCCAAACACAGCACACACAUGGCUGUUAUUAACUGAGGGGAACAGAAAAGCAACAUUAAUGAGGGAUCAACAGUCCUAUCCAAGUCACCCAGACAGAUUCACUGUUUGCUGUCAGGUCCUGAGUAGAGAGAGUCUGACUGGACGUUGUUACUGGGAGGUGGAGUGGAGAGGGCGUGGAGUUUGUGUGGCAGUUUCAUACAAGGACAACAGCAGAGGGGGGAGGUUCUAUGACUCUGGAUUUGGAUGCAUUGACAAAUCUUGGUCAUUAGAAUGUUCCAACAACAAAUAUACAUUGUUUCACAACAAUAUCCUAACUCCCGUCUCAGGUCCUAGGUCCUCCAGAGUGGGAGUGUACCUGGAUCACAGAGCAGGUAUUCUGUCCUUCUACAGCGUCUCUGACACCAUGACUCUCCUCCACAGAGUCCAGACCACAUUCACUCAGCCUCUCUAUGCUGGAGUUUGGCUUGUUUACAGUGGAGAAUCUGCUGAGUUCUGUAAACUCAAAUAACCAAAGUAAUUUAAGGGACAGCAGGUUAAAAUGUGUUUUAACUCUAAAAGCUCCCAUAUUGUUCACCUUUGUGGGGGGUUUCCCCGCAAUAUUUUUAUUGUCAAUUUUCAAAGUAAUGAACAAUAUACAUACACACACACACACACACACACACACACACACACACACACACACAUAAUAAUAAUAAUAAUAAUAAUAAUAAAAAUAAAAAUAGAAAAAUAAAAAAAUAAAAACUUGACACAAACCAUAAAAUGCCAAAAAAGUACACACAAAGAGGCUUAAUAUAAUGUCAGAGUUGAAUGUCCACUUAAGUGCAUCAAAUAUAUCAGAACAGAUACUCUUUUAAUAUCUACUGUCAUCUACAGUUUCAGGUACUCCAGGUUAGGUCUCCAUAAACCAUAGAAUUUCUGUAAGUUGCCAGACAUCUUGUAUCUCACAUUUAUGGUGUUUUAUUUGAAGUUUUGACAUCUAUAAUAAGAUAAAUUUGUAGUUUUUCAGUUAUACAUCUGCUCCCUCAUGCCUCCCUCUGCAGCUCAAGCGGGCUCAGAUCAAUUUGGGCCUGUCUCAUUAAUAUUCACACCCUUUCUUCUGAUUUGAUAAGCGGUUAGGAAUGAAUGAAUGACCUUUCGAGUUGCAGAUUUAAAGUUGGACACAAUAAUGUGCAGCUCCUUUGAGUGACGUCUUUUUAUUGUGCAUGAUUUAGGAAGCAGUCAGCGUGUAAAGAGUCAGACAGAAGGCUGAAUUCUGACAAAAUUUCUGAUAUUUGAAAUUAAAAUUUGUGAAAAGAUAUAAUGGCUUCCUGAGAUUCAACAAAUGAGCUUUUCAUAUUUUCACAGAAUGUUUUAUUGCAGCUACACCUGCUUUAUAAUCACAUAAGACUUGUAAACUGUGUUUUCUACAAUAUGGGACCUUUAAACUUGUUUCUUUUCAUGUUUUUUUGUUGAGAGCUUAUCGUUGUGGCAUUUCUCCUCUGUAGAAAUCAGCUGUCAAUCAAACAUUAUGGGCGGUGCUUUGACAUCCUCAUUAGUUGUUCUGUAAAUAUUUGACUUUCCUUUUUGUGUCUGUUUAGCCACGGAGGCUUUUAAUGCUCAUGAUGAAUGUUUAUCACCUGAACUCAUAUUUCUCUGCAUGAAAAUGUGAAUUUCUGUGUUUCAAAUGUUUGUUGAAUAUUUGUAUGUUGUUUUCCUUUUCUCGCAUGGCUCUUAAGAGAGAAUACUCCAGAUAUUCAAAGAAAAUCCAUAAUUACAUCUACAUUCAUUUGUUUUUUAGACCAAAUGUUGUUUUACAAAUGAGGCUCUAUGAUAUAUUAUAAAACUAUAAUUAUCAUGUUCAUAAUCAAUAAGGAAAUCCUUCUCUAUUCUCUUGUAUAUCGCUAAGAUUCUGGUCAAACAAACUGAUUGUGUAGAUGAAGUGAAUCUGUUGAAAGAAAUCACUGAACAAUAAGCAUUUAACAGACUUUACUGAUGGGAUGUGUGAACAAACUGAUUUCAUAAUUAAUAAACAAACA